AGCCAGCAGCCCAGCCUUCCCUGCUGGAGAAUAUAUUCAGGGAAUCCCUUUCUAAGCACCGGCCCCUACAUUUUUAUUAUUAGUUUUUUUUGUUUAUUUUUUAUGACCUCCAUCCCCUAUAUAGAAAAAAUAAUUGUAUAGAUACUAGCGGGGUCUGAGUUUUAGUGCGAUUCAUAGAGAGACCACAGCGCCCCCGGUCUUGAUCGCAGCCGGCUAGGGAGGUCCUGUGAUCUGACAGCCAAACAGAAAAGGGGGGAGAUAGGAGGAGGAAAAAAGCAGCUUGAAAAAGGGAGGCCCAUGAAGGUGUGCACUGAAGAUGUGUUCUUGAGGGAUCUCCCAUAACACUGAGAUGUUGCUGGAGCUUUAAGAUCAGCUGAUGUUCACAAGGAAUAGGGCCACGUGAUGUAUGAAGGCAAACACAUACACUUCUCUGAGGUAGAUAACAAACCCUUAUGCUCCUACAGUCCCAAACUGUGCAAACAGCGAAGACUCAACGGUUACGCCUUCUGUAUCAGACACGUUCUAGAGGACAAGACCGCCCCCUUUAAGCAAUGUGAAUAUGUGGCCAAGUACAACAGCCAGCGCUGCACAAAUCCCAUCCCCAAAUCUGAGGACCGUAGAUAUUGCAACAGUCAUCUUCAGGUUCUUGGCUUCAUCCCUAAAAAGGAAAGGAAGAAAAAGCAUGAUGGACUUGAUGAAGUGAAGGUUAGACAUCAAAUGGAGACUGUGGCCUUUAGUUUGACUAUGCCCACCUUUGCCUUGAAGAUGCCCAAUGGACUGGAUGGGCUGACCCUCUCUCCUCCAGGUGCCAGGCUUCCCCUUCACUACCUGGAGACCGACCUGGAAGACUCUCUUACUUUUGAGGAAGAGGAGGAAGAGCUAAGGAAAGGGGCAUCUGUGAAGAAAAAAUUACAGAACAAACUUGUCCAGAAUCGGCAUCGUUUGAAAGAGACCGAAAUUUUAAAAGAUCAGCAAGAGCACUUUAGCCCCCCUCCUGCACCUUCUCCAUUGCAUUCUCCGUUACGACAGGAGCAGCACACCUUGGUACAACCAGAACCAACAUUACUGAAACCCUCUGGGCUACCACCAAGCCUGGUCUGCAAGUCGCCUCAACCUCAGAACACCAGCCUACCAGUACAGGGAGCAUCACCUGUCAUGCACACUCUCGCACAAGCGAGGCAUUUGUCCAACAAGAGACCUCUUCCUGUUCCAUCGCCCAUCACAGACCCACCAAGGGCAGACAGGAUCCAAGUGACAGCCACGGCCUUACCAGCAUACUCCUCCUGUGUUAGCCGGCUGCAGAGACUGGUGAAACUGUGCACAAGGAAACAGCAGCUAGACUCUGAUCUGUUUCCACAUUUAGGGCUGGACUGGUCAGAAGACAGCGCAGAGGAGCAGGAAGACUCUGACCAGUCAUCUCCAUAUCAGGCUGCUUGGUCAUACCGGGAGACUCUCCAGCAUGACUGCAAAAAGGUUGAUGCUGAAGUAGCACAGAGCAGGAGCUCCAGGGUUGCACAACUUUGCACUUAUUUUCAGCAAAAAUACAGACAUCUCUGUCGUCUGGAGCGGGCAGGGUCUUAUCACAGGAAAUGCAGACACACAUUCCGGAAAGCCUUACAGCAGGCGGCCAUCAGAGAACCAGAAGACGCAGGGCAACUAAUGCAAGAACUGCGGAGAGCCACACACAUAAGGGCCAGGCCCAGUCAACCAGAACUGAGAGGAGCAGAACCAGCACUUUGCAGUAGCGUUUUGAAGAAUGAAUCCUGUGUGAAUCGAGCCCUUCCUUACACACGGCACUGCUUUAAACAUAUCUUGUCUAACAGCUCUCAGCAGCUCUUCUCUAGUUGCACAGCAAAGUUUGCUGAUGGGCAGCAGUGCUCUGUACCUGUAUUUGACAUUACGCACCAGACACCUCUAUGUGAGGAACAUGCCAAGAAAAUGGAUAAUUUCCUGCGAGGGGACAACUCACGUAAAGUUCAGCACCAGCAGCAGAGGAAACCAAGAAAAAAGACCAAGCCCCCUGCACUCACCAAAAAACACAAGAAGAAGAAGCGACGAGGACCUCGGAGGCCUCAGAAACCCAUUCCACCUGCUGUUCCACAGGGCAACCUCUGUAUGCCCAGCGGCCUCUCACUGCCAAUGGAGGUCUCCAACAUCAGGAGCCCAUCCACACCAGAUCUGAGUGCAGAGGAGCUGCCUGAUGAUAUUGCUAGUGAAAUCACAGACAUUCCACAUGAUUUGGAACUUAAUCAAGAGGACUUCUCUGAUGUUCUGCCUCGUCUUCCCGAUGAUCUACAGGACUUUGACUUUUUUGAAGGUAAGAAUGGAGAUCUUCUCCCCACCACUGAAGAAGCAGAGGAACUUGAGAGGGCUCUACAGGCUGUUACAUCGUUGGAAUGCCUGAGUUCCAUUGCAGUGCUAACCCAGGCUGACAGUGUAACUAGUCAAGACCUUUCAGACCGUGGAAUGGCUGCAUUCUCAACAGGUGUUGGUGGUCCUGAGUCAUUGAGUCGGGAAGAUACUACCGAUUUGGGGGAGCUGCUCAAUGGACGAAUAGUUCAUGAUAACUUCUCCAGUCUUGAACUGGAUGAAAAUCUACUUGGUUCUGCUACCCUCUCUAGCCCAUCAACCCCCCUUACUGGGCACAUACAGAGGCAUUUCUCAUCCUCCUCCAAUGUUGGCCUUACUUCUGCCUCUCUAAUAAGCCAGGGUUCAAUUGAAGAGAGAGCUUUUCCAGGUACGUUCCAUGAACUUCAUGAAGGCAGCCAUGCCACGCAAAGGCCUCUCCCUACAGAGCUUUUGAGCAAGGCAAAUAAUUUAAUCACCUCCCAACAGCAAUAUAGUAGUGACCAUUCGCCAUCGUCGCCACAUGGAAGUCAUUAUGACAGUGAGCAUGUUUCAUCACCGUACAGCGACCAAUUGACAUCCCCGCAUGCCACCUCUUAUUCUAACGAUAGUUUGGCAGCUACUUUCUCUGCAGAGGUUCCCAUCAUUACACAGCACUUGCUUACCUCCCAACUGGAGGUGCCCCUGAGUGGGGUUGUGAACCCUCGAACUCACUGGGGGAACCUUCCUGUGAACCUUAGUGAUCCAUCAGCUUUUAGCACCUUUAUCAGCUCAGAUGGGCACCUUAUCUCAACUUCCCUAUCAACCCCUCCAGCCACCUCCCAUUUAGAAACAACACAACCUACCUUCUCCACUGUGACCCCCAAUAGCUCCAAUAUGCUUCCGGGGUUACCACAGACCAGCUUCAGUGACUUGAGCUCCCCUCCCUCAGAACUCAUGGAGUCUCCAUCCCCCAAACAUCAGCUCCCACAAUUCAUUGCAGCAUUUGGCCAUCAACUAAAUUCUCAUAGUGGCAUCCCCAAAGACUUGCAACCCAGCCAUAGCUCAAUUGCUCCUCCCACAGGCUUUACUGUGACAGGUGCCACAACUACGAGUACCAACAACUCCUCUUCCUCUUUCACAAGUUCUGACUAAUCUGCUUGCCUGUUUUCGCCACAUAGAUGAGAAGUGGUUACUUCCCUUAUGCAUUUGUUGCUCAUUUCAUUUGUCCCCUGGAUUUUUUUUUUAUUUUUUUUAAAUCUUUGAAUAUUUUAAAGCAAAAACUAUGGUGAAACGGAUAUGUUUGAUCACUGUACUGUUGUUGUUGUGCUGCCAUAGCACUGGUGCUCCUAAUUUGCUUGUAAGAUACCCAUACUCUCCCUAAUUUUGCCACCAGGUGAGAAACAUUGGAUUCUAACAGCUCACCUGCAUUUUCCCGAUAUUGUCAGCAGGUAAUGGGAUAAAUGCUUAAUUUCUUGCUACCUGUUUCCAAUACUCUGGUUUCACUUUUGGCUCUGCAAUAUAUUAGGAUAGGGAGUAGGCAAAUGAAAACUAAGGCAGGGAACACUGUUUAAUAUGGAAAAGCAGUAAGUGUGCAAUACUGCAUCUCCUUGCACUUCUGGUUCACAAAUGACUCGUUGCGGUACAUCCCUAGUGUCAUUUUCUUCAUAAGUCAAGCUGUUCUUAUAUUGCGCAUUAUGUCUCUUGCGUGUGUGCAUGUGUGAAUUGCAGAAUUUUGAGAAGGGUGUCAGGGGGGAAUUUGAGGCGGUAAUUUUGCCUCCAGUAGCAUCCAUUCCUUAAUUUGUGUUGGCCUUACAUGGACUGCCUAGAUCAGAACAAAUCUAUAUGGUACAUUUGUGCAUACAACUAAUCACGUUAAAAUAAUUCAAUAUAAAAUGAAUAUAUUGGAUAGUAUGCAAAGUGUGGAUCCGUUAAUAGAAAUUUUAAAGUGGAUUUGUCACCACAAAUAAAGCUAGCUAUGUGUU